UACUUGCGAACAACCACGCUCCAACCCAUUGCUUACAAUACAACCCGUCUUUCUGCCCACACAACCAGACACGUGCACAAUCUUGAUUGGGUGGAAAAUUCAGCUGAUUCUGACUCACGUCUCUAUAAAUUGCCAUCCUCCGUAAAUCGCAACUGUGUUCCUCUCGAAUCUCCCUGACACAGGCAUUCUAGCUCUACCACUUGCUCGCAAUUCUCUCUCGAUCAAACAGCAAUGAACCCUACGAAUCUUAACUCUAAAGGAAAUGCACUUGAUUUGCUACAGGAAAAUGGUUAUACCAAUUUCCUUCCUCUUGCGAAUUCAGAGAAAGUUUUAAAGGAGAUUGGCGAGCAGCCUCUUGUUGAGGGGAUUGAAGAUCACCUUGUAGAGUUUUCGGAGGCCAUGAGAACUGUCAGCAAGGUUUUAAGACAAGCAGCUGAAGGGAAAGCUUCUGCUCAAGCUGAGGCUACAGAAUGGAAACGCAAAUAUGAAAUGGAGAGAGAACGGAGCUUGCAGUUGGAACAUAAAGUCCUGCCAUCCGUUGAUCAUAAGGGCAACUGCAAUGAGCAGAAAGUAGGAAACCCCAUGCCUGAAACUGCUGAAAAAUCUCAAAGGUGUUGUGGGGAAAAUGGAAUUUGUUCUCAUGAGGUUCUUCGUGACAGGGAAAAGGACUCUUACUCGAAUGUUCAAACCAAACUUACCAAGAAGGCAUCAUUCAAACUGCAAUGGUGUAGCAAAGGUAAAAAAGAUGAUCAGCAUAAACAUGACAUUGUCUCGUUUGAAAAGGGAAAUAUAACAACAGCAGCACGGAGCAGUAAACAGAUUUCUUUGAAGUGGGAAUCUCCUCCACAGACUGUGCUUAUCUUGGCAAAACCAAACUCAACUUCAGUCAAAAUCCUUUGUGCUGAAAUGGUCAGGUGGUUGAAGGAAAAGAGAAAGUUGAAUAUUUAUGUUGAACCACGAGUAAGAACUGAACUUCUAUCAGAAUCCUCGUACUACAACUUUGUGCAGACCUGGAAAGAUGACAAGGAGAUUUGGCGUCUGCAUGAGAUAGUUGAUCUUGUCGUAACUCUUGGUGGAGAUGGGACAGUUCUUUGGGCUGCAUCCAAGUUCAAAGGACCUGUUCCUCCAAUUGUUCCAUUUUCUUUAGGUUCCCUGGGUUUCAUGACCCCAUUUUAUAGUGAACGCUACAGAGAGUGCCUUAAAUCAAUACUGGAAGGUCCUAUCAGUAUCACAUUACGGCACCGCUUGCAGUGCCAUGUGGUUCGCGAUGCAGCAAGUGAAUUUGAAAAUGAAGGUCCUAUAUUAGUGCUAAAUGAGGUUACAGUUGAUCGUGGAAUCUCGUCAUUCCUUACAAAUCUAGAUUGUUACUGUGAUAACUCAUUUGUCACAUGUGUCCAAGGAGAUGGUUUGAUCUUGUCAACGACGUCUGGAAGCACUGCAUACUCACUGGCGGCUGGAGGAUCAAUGGUCCAUCCACAGGUUCCUGGCAUAUUAUUCACUCCAAUUUGUCCACACUCAUUAUCUUUCCGACCUCUGAUAUUACCUGAACAUGUAACGCUUAGGAUUCAAGUGCCCUUAAAUAGCCGAGGCAAUGCAUGGGCAUCGUUUGACGGGAAGGACAGAAAACAAUUAGCUCCAGGAGAUGCACUUGUGUGCAGCAUGGCUGCUUGGCCAGUGCCCACAGCUUGUCAAGGGGAUUCCACCAGUGACUUCUUAAACAGCAUCCACGAUGGUCUCCAUUGGAACUUGAGGAAGACUCAGUCUUUUGAUGGACCUCAAGAAUCUUGAUUCAAAUGAAGGUAAAAGCUUUCGACCAAAUCUAUUGAAGUUUGAUUCAUUACUAUCCAUGCUCCCUAUUGCCUUGAAGUAUAAAUCCGUAUUUACCAUGUAAUGAUGUGGUCAAUGAUCUAGGUGAUAGGCGCAGGAAAUAGCUAUAUGUGUUAACCAAAUAAUGAUGAAUAAGAAGAAUGGGUAUAAAGUCCUUUUGCAUAUCUGUACAUGAAUCUCUCAUACGCUUUAGACCUUCAGCAAACACAAAACUGGGCUUUUCAUAGAAGUUUCAAGUUUGAAUGCCAUGUUUGUGCAUUUGUAUGUUAUAUCAAUUUCAAUGUAGCUGCAUCAAGGCCAUUUAAGAUC